AUGUGGAAGGAAGAGCCAACAGGGACCUCCAAAGACAUUCGCCUGGCUAUUGACCCUUCAAUCCAGGUGAUUCGCUCUGACUGUUGGGCCAAAUCCCACACGUCAUCAGAGUCCAUCGCCCUGUUGGACGAGUUCGACAUGGAGGUAGAAGUGGAGUCUGGGGAUGAGAGGAAGUUGCUGGCCAGUCCACCCCGUUCACCUCUCAAGCCAAAGCCAGUCAGGGCUAGCUCCCUAAGGAAGUCCUGGGCUGAGGCAAUGGAGUUAGAGGACCCUCUAACUCUUGUAGCCACAGCAGCCCCUCCAUCGUCGGAGACUGGGACCAUAACACAGUCUUCCGCCCCGAGGUCAUACGCCAGUGUUGUGACUUCAGAGAAGGAACACAUUCUGAGUGUCCCGAAGGCAUUUGACAGCCAUUGUCAUUUGGAUAGGACAGGGGGGAAUAUGGCCUUGUCUAUUCCAUCAUUGGCUGCCGUUUGUGCCGGGAAGGCUCGGGGUGAUGAAUUCGAGGUCAAAGUCACGGGAGCAGCAACCAUUUGCUGUGUCCCUGACAACUAUCCUUCGGAUUCACUUAUCCAAUCCUGGGUCGAUGAAGGGAUUGUCGUUGUCUGUGGCAUCCAUCCCAAGGCGGAUGUUACGGACAAGAGGUUAGAGCGCUUGGCCAAGAUUUUGGAAAAUCCAAAUGUUGCCGGCCUUGGUGAGGUUGGAGUGGACCACACUAUCAAGCCUGAUACCUGGUCCAACCGGAUUUUGGGCUUGGAGAGGGUCUUGAACUUGCUCAAACCUGAGCAUAUUCUACUGUUGCAUGCGCGCAGCAUGUUGGAAGUUGGGGAUGAGGCCAUCUUGUCCCUAAUGUACCAACUAGCGAGCCAGCCAAAGUUCCCAAAUACUUAUUUUGGGUUUACCUCCAUGGUAAGACUGUUCAAGCCGUCGAAUCCUGACCAGAUUGCUGCUGUCUGUGACAUUCAGCCCAGCCGAAUGUUACUGGAGACUGAUGCGCCGUACUUUGCACCACAGGGGUAUAAACGUUCGACUCCGGCUUUGAUCGGAACGGCAGCUGCCUGUGUCGCCCAGCUGACACACCGUGAUUGGCGGGAUGUUCUGCAGCAGACCAAUGCUAAUGCAGAACGUCUGUAUCUCGAUCGGAAGGCCCCUGCCUCCGAUUGA